ACCAGAGGCAAGGCAGCAAAAAGUCCAAAGGUGUCUCUUCUACGGCACGCUCGGCAGCCAGUAACAAGCUCCUUGGUCAACAUUCCGCUUCCCUGCGCAUUCGAUUGCGCAUUCUUCCACCGCCGCAGAUCAUGGCGCCCGCCAAUCAAGAUCCGACGUCGCAGGCCCCAUCGGGCGCCACUGAUGCGGUGUUGAAGCCAUCCGAGCCGGUUGCGCAAGGCUCUAGAGAGGUGCAGGGCAUAGACUUCAACGCUUAUGCUCAGCGCAGUAUCACCGUGGAGGAGCUCGUCGAGGGCUAUGCGAGCAUGGGAUUCCAGGCAACGGCGGUCGGCGAGGCCGUGCGCAUCAUCAACGAAAUGCGCACGUGGACGCAUCCUGAAACAGGUGAAAGGACGACCCUAUUCCUGGGGUACACGUCCAACCUUAUAUCGUCGGGCCUGCGGGAGACUUUGCGGUAUCUGGUCCAGCACAAUCACGUCUCCGCCGUCGUCACGACCGCCGGAGGAGUCGAGGAAGACUUCAUCAAAUGCUUGGCACCGACGUAUCUGGGUUCCUUCAGCACGCCCGGCGCAGGACUGCGCGCAAAGGGCAUGAACCGAAUUGGAAACCUGGUUGUACCAAACAGCAAUUACUGUGCAUUUGAGGACUGGGUUGUGCCCAUCCUGGACAAGAUGCUUGAGGAGCAAGAGCAAAGCAAGACGACAGACGAACCGAUCCACUGGACGCCGAGCAAGGUCAUCAACCGGCUUGGAAAAGAGAUCAAUGACGAGAGAUCGGUAUAUUACUGGGCCUGGAAGAAUAACAUCCCAGUCUUCUGCCCUGCUCUGACAGACGGAAGCCUGGGAGACAUGCUUUAUUUCCACACCUUCAAGUCAUCCCCUGAGCAGCUGCGGAUAGACAUUGUCGAGGACAUUCGGAAGAUUAAUACGAUUGCCGUGCGAGCAAAGCGGGCCGGUAUGAUCAUCCUAGGAGGGGGAGUAGUCAAGCAUCACAUCGCCAACGCCUGCUUGAUGCGAAACGGGGCAGAGAGUGCCGUGUAUAUCAACACGGCCCAGGAAUUCGACGGUAGCGAUGCGGGUGCGCGGCCGGACGAAGCAGUCAGCUGGGGAAAGAUUAAAUCGGACGGCGACAGCGUCAAGGUAUAUGCGGAGGCCACGGUUGUGUUUCCGUUGAUUGUGGCCGCGACGUUUGCGAAGGCGAAACAGUCGUAUUGAGAGUCUGCGCUGCCCGGCACAGAAGUGUGGAAACUUGUCGAUCUCCUUCAUAGGCGCACUUAACCACGCUGCCAGCUUGAUUGAAGACCGCCACUGUCGAGGACCAGGUCCUCGGGGCAAUGCAAGCGGAUGGAGUUGCCGUUGUUGCACAAGGAACGUGAUGGAACGGGCUUUUCGUUAGCUCAGCAACAGGCCUUACUGAUGCAGCCGUCGAAGGAUCAACUACGUGGUUUCUGCUAGGCUGCGCGGGAGGGUACGAGAAAUAUGGGUGCGAUUGAAGUUGGAUAGUCGGACAAGGAUUUCGUGGACAGGCCCGUUAGCCAAAUGCGGAAUAGCCAGUAUUGCAGCCUAGACGUCACUCCACCCCUCUGGUGGCUGAGAGCGCGCGGAACGGCGUGGCUGCCUGCGUGACUCGGGCGCUGAUGUCUCGGAGAUGACUGAG